AUGAGUGAUGACGAUGGGUUGUUGCUUAACUUUGCAAUUCCAGAUUCCAGUGAUAGUAGUGCUGUACCUGUCAAUAAGAAUGUUAAAAUAAAGGGAGGUAGAUGGAAGGAUCGUAGAAAGUUGCAAUUAUCUUUACAAGGAAGAACCAAAGAGAAAAAAGUCAAAGGUGUCAAUGGUGUUGUGAUAGAGAAACCACGAUUACUGAAACGAGAACGAGAUGAUGACAAGAAACUGAGAACGAAUGAGUCAGUCCCUAGUGAAUUUAAGAGAGCUAAAUUUUCCGAGACCAAGGGUCAAGCAGGCGGAAAGAAUAAUUCAUAUGUGUCAUCUUUGUUCACUAAUAACGAGACGGCAUUACAAACUACCAUGACGGAAACAAAGUCGGAGGAGAAGGAAAAAACUUAUUUACCAUCAAACGCACCUGUGAAAGGGGCAACAACGUUUGUUGGGCUAGGCAUCAAUAACCAUUUAUCUACGCAUCUCACUGACCACCAAAGAUUCAAAUACCCAACAAAGAUCCAAAAACUAGUUAUACCGAACCUUCUAACAACUGAGAGAGACUUGUUUGUGAAAGCGCAGACAGGAUCCGGUAAAACAAUGGCUUUCAUAUUGCCUAUAUUUCACAAAUUGAUGAUGGAGAAUAAGCAUAAAAUUACCAGAGAUUCAGGGGUGUUUGCGAUAAUUUUGACACCUACGAGGGAACUUGCAAAUCAAAUAUAUUCUGUUUUAGAGAGUUUAACUCGAUGUCACCACACCUUGGUUCCUGGAAUUGUGAUUGGAGGGGAAAAGAAAAAAAGUGAAAAAGCACGAUUGAGGAAGGGGGUAAAUAUUUUGGUGGCUACGCCUGGUCGACUAGCCGAUCAUUUGGAGAAUACAAAGUCAUUGGAUAUAAGUCAAUUGAGAUAUUUGGUUCUUGAUGAAGGUGAUAAAUUGGUUGAAUUGGGAUUUGAAGAGACCAUUUCAAAAAUUACAAGAAUUAUUGAUGAAAAUUCAAGUAUUGCCGAGACUGGUGAUAAAUGGCAAGGGUUGCCCACACGGAGGAUAAAUAUGUUGUGCUCGGCAACUUUGCAAAAUAAUGUAAAACAAUUGGGAAGCAUAAUACUUCAAGAACCGGAAAUGAUUUCCGUGGAUAGAGAAGUUGAAGGUACUAUCUUGUUUGAUGAUGACGUUGAGGGAGAAGUUAAUGGUGAUCCCAAUGAUCAUGAAUCAUUUGCUCCCGAUCAGUUAAUUCAAGAUGUUUUAAUUGUACCACCCAAGUUGAGGCUAGUUACCCUUGAUGCGUGUCUCGUCAACAUUGCCAACAAAAUUGCCCAAAGUAGUACACCAUCAAGAACUAUGGUAUUCUAUUCAUGCUCCGAUUCGGUCAACUAUCACUUUGAUGUCUUUUCGAGAGAUGGCAAAGUAAUCAAGAAAGUAAAGGAUGAUGAAACUGGGGAAGUCAAGACUAUUUUGGUGUCACCAGAGGAUAGCACAGAUGAAAAUGGUGCUGAUGAUUCUGAGUUGACCGCUCCCAUAAUCCAUGACAACACGAUGAUAUAUAAACUUCACGGUUCAUUAUCACAACAAAUAAGAACCUCUAUUUUGCAAAAAUUCAUCAAGGAUGAUCCAAAGUUCCCACACAAGGUCCUCUUUUGUACUGAUGUUGCUUCAAGAGGAUUGGAUUUGCCAAACAUUGCCAAUGUGAUUGAGUAUGACGCCCCAUUUACCAUUGAUGAUCAUUUACAUAGAAUUGGUAGGUCUGCCAGAGUGGGUAACAAGGGUGAAGCCACAUUGUUUCUAUUACCAGGAUUGGAAGAGGGUUACAUCGAUGCCAAAUUAAAAGUGGUUCACCCACGUGAAGAUAACUUGCGUAUAAUAAACUAUGAAAAAAUUCUUCAACAAGCAUUUGCUGAAAAGAAUGCCACUGGAAAGAAUAAGCACGACAAAUUGGGAAACUGGGAUAUUCAUGCUACAACAUGGCAUUUGGAAGUGGAAAGAUGGCUUUUAGAAGAUUCUGCAGCAUUAUCAAAGGCAAGUCUUGCGUUUACAUCACAUAUCAGGGCGUAUGCCACCCAUUUGUCACAAGAGAGGAAUUUCUUUAAUGUGAAAUUGUUACAUUUGGGUCAUUUAGCGAAAAGUUUUGGAUUGAGAGAGACUCCAAAGAAUAUAGGUAAGAAAUCGGGCAAGAAUAGCGACAAGCAUCUUGAAGGUGUAGAUGGUGGGCUGAGAAAGUUGAAAAAGGAGGAUCCACGAAAGAAGAUGUUGAGAAUGGCCAAAUUGGCGGUAAAGUCCAAUAACGAAUUCAACUACUGA